AUGGCCCGGAUUUCCCACCUCUCGAGCUCCCCCUCCAACUACGUGUUAUACCAGUACCUCAAGCGUGAUCGUGGAGUUGAUGCACUUGCAUUUGAAUUACCCCCUUCCCUGCUGGUGAACAUUCAUGCUCGCGCCGUAUCCAUUCGCACUUCGUGCAUUCGAGGAAUCUACCCGAAUUUCCUCAAAUCCCAAACCAGCCCACCCUUCGAAUACGGCUGA